AAAUAAAGUGUGGGGACCCCAAGUGUCACUGUUAUCCGUUUGUAUGCUACAUCUGUAAAGUAUGCGGGGACAAGUGGUGGAGUCACUGUAGGCGAAGGGUUCCCCCUAGAGGGGUUUGUAUUCCUUGCUGGACGCUCCAGCGGAACUUAACUGAUUGGAUCUUAAAGUAUAAGGUGGUGCAUGAAGGAUUAAUAAAAAAAGAAUCUAAAAAAUGGUGGAAGAUCUUUGCAUACGGGAUUGAGCCAAAAUAUUAUUGCUAUCAUCCUAAUGAGCCAAUCCCCUUUAUAGUUGAAAUUAUUAAUUGCACCUGUCGUACCCACCUGAAGGGAAUCCGGUGUGAUACACCUCAGGUUAAGAACUGUAACUGGGACUCCUAUGUUAAGAGGCAAAAAGAGCGACAGAAUUGCCCCCAGGGGUCUCCUGAAGAAUACUCUUGCUGCCGAGAAGAUGGUACCCCUCGUGGCUCGAAGCAACCGAGUCGACGAGCGAGGCAGAGGAGUAGAAAGCUGUGGAGGAAAGAACCCCCAGAAUGGGAUAAUAAAACUACGCUCAUGGAAAUGCCUCAGAAGUAAGAUUAAGAGCAAGGAUCCCUGGAGGGAGGGCAGGUCGCAGUGUGUAAAUUGGAGGAAUCCUCGAACAUACUUUUGUACUCUCCACGCCUUUAGUGAUGCUCGUUGCUUGACCCGGCAUAUUACCCUCCUUGUGCUUACAUUGUAUUUAAAUGAAGCUAGCGCAACAGAAUCCCUAUCACACCAACCAUUUAAAUGGUCAUUAAUACGGUGGGAAGAUCAAAAGGUUAUACAAACAGUGACUACGCCAAGUAACCCAAGCUUUAGUUGUCAACUCUGUGAUCUUAUACAAGUAAAACCAUGCCUGAACAAAAAAGGAUUCUAUUUCUGCCCAGCAUCUAACCCAGGGAAAACCUAUUGUAACUGGCCUGGACACUACUACUGUGCAUACUGGGGCUGUGAAACAGUCGCCUUUGGGUUUUCCCCUGGAGGAGGAAAAGACAAAUAUAUCAAGGUCGGGUGGAGGCCCAGCGGGUGUCAGCCCCCAGAGGUAGGGCCAGACACAGGAAUAAAGCAGGGCGGAAAUUGUCACGGAAUUCAGAUAAAUGUGACCAAUAAAAUGGAUUCCGGAUGGGCAAUAGGAAAAACCUGGGGAGCUAGAUUAUGGGAAUCCGGUACAAAUCGGGGUGGGCACUUUCUGAUAAAAAGGGAAGAGAUACCACCGAGUGCUGAAGCCAUAGGCCCCAACGUAGUUAUUAACCCCCCUAUAGAAAUUCAGUCCCAGGGUAAUCGAGCGGCAGAGGAAGACCACACUGCUCAAACACCGACUAUUUAUAAUCAAAGCAGAGACAGCCAGCAGCAUGGUUAAUCCCGGCCGCCAAUACCAGAUGGGUCUGCCAAAGCAUAGGAAUAACUCCUUGUUUGUCCCUUGAAGUUUUUAAUCAUACUCAUGACUAUUGUAUUCAGGUAACCAUCAUACCUAGAACUACUUACCACCCUAAAGACUAUGUUUUCAAGCAACAUAUCACCCCUGAACACCACUUGAUGAGGAGGGAACCUUUCACCACCCUAACCAUAGAAACCCUCUUAACAGUAGGAGGAGUGGGAGCUGGAACAG